GCCCCGCCGCCGCGGGCCGCCCGUCCGCAGCCCCGGCUCCAUCCGCAGGCCGGUGGGCGAGGCGGCGGCGGGGGGCGGGCUCCCGGCGCCGCCAGGCAGCUCCUCCCUCCCUCCCUGCCGGCCGGGAGCCCCCGGCGGGGUGACAGCCCUGCCGAGCGCAGCCGCCCCGGCCGGGGCUGCGGAGCAGCGCCCGCUCCCGCCUCGGCCCGCUCGCUGCCGGCUCGCAGCGGGGCCGCCCCGCGCCCGCCAUGUGGAAGCUCAACAAGAGCAGCAAAGUUCUGCUGGACGACUCGCCCGAGGAGGAGGAGACGCGACCCCGCGGGCCGCCGCCUGCCGCCGCCUUCGCGGCCCCCCAGAAUAAAGACCAGUUUCUUCAAGAUGAAGUUUCAUCUUCAGUGUCACAUCUUGCAACAAAGGUUCAAGGUGCAAGUUUCCGGGGCUGGAAGGAAGUGACGUCUAUGUUCAAUAAGGACGAUGAGCAGCAAUUGCUAGCAGGAUGCAAGUCUCCAAAAUCCAAAGGAACAAAUCUAAAAUUAAAGGAAGAGAUGAAGUCUGAAAAGAAGCCAGGUUUUUGGGACAGUUUGGUCAUAAAGCAGAAUGUUCCAUCUAGGAAACCAGAUGAGAUUGAGGGAUGGGAACCACCACAGAUUACCACUGCUGACUCUACCAGUGAUGCAGCGACUCCUUUAAGUGACUAUACAGCCUGGUCAGGCUGGGAAGAUGAAACCAAAGGCUCCACAAAAUACACAAACCUGGCCAGCUCAGGAAACAGUUCCAGGUGGAGUAUCAAAUCAGCUGGAAAGCUGGUUAGUAUUCGACGUCAAAGCAAAGGUAACCUUACUGACAACUGGGAAGAACUAGAAUGAUACUGGUAAUACUGGUGAAAUACUUUAUACGUAAGAAGAGAACAGUUCCAUGAUUUACUCACAUGUUUAAACCAAAAUCAAACCUGCUCAAUAUUGCACCUUUAUACAGUAAUUUGUUUUAUUCAGAUUGUUACAAAUUUUUGCUCACCUGAUAGUAAAUUUUCUUAUUACAUUGUUAAUAGCUAUGUUUUCCACACUGAAAAAAAGUAGAGAAUCUAUUUUGUGCCUAUAUUUCACAUUCAGACUCUGUAGUAUGUCAGAUUGUUGGUUUUACCAAAAAAAUGUAAUUCUUUAGUGAAUGUAUACACUGGUUGUAAAUUUGACUGCCUUAUGAAGGAACUGCCACUAGCUAAAGGUCCUGCUUCUUUUCUGGUGUUUGAGGGCCAUUCAAAAUUUUAGUUUUGAUGCUGUUCCUUUUUAACUGAGAAUACCAAUCAGUCAUUUGCAGGGAGAGUGCUUGUACUUAGUACUGUUUUCCAAAUCUUCAGCCUCAGCUUAUGCUUCAGGUUGUGCAUACAAAAUGCUUAGUGUCACAUUGUGCUGUACUCUGUGUGACAUGGUAAAAUACUAUUCUGAUGUAAUUCCUUCCAUUACAGGAUUGUCACCAACAGUCAGGUCAAAUGGGUCUUCCAGAGUUGGGGUCUUCUCUGUGUUUUGGAUUUUUUCCCUAGUUUUUUUUGGUUGUUGUUUUUGUUUUAUUUUGGUUUUGUUUAGUUGUUUGCUUUUUUUUUUCAUUUUUAAUAUUGAACUUCUUUUUACAAAGCUAAGUUUCUCAGUUUUUAAGAUGCAUGUUAUGACAAAAAUAGAAAUUACUGAAAAUCUGGAAAACAGCAUUGAGUAAAGUGUAAGAUGAUGUCAGUAUUCUGAAGGAAUAUUGAAUCUGGAUGUAGGAAUUAGUUGCUUCUUAUGGAAGGGCAUAUGUUUUCAUUUUUUUACAAUAGCUGUUCCUUGUUCUUAUAACAACUUUUUUGGUUUUGACUGUGUUUUUCCUUCCUUCCCACUGCAUAAGCAAUGAUCGAAUUAUACUCCAGCAUUUUCAGGGUAGCUGAGUAACUGAGCCAUUGCAAGUAUGUGCAUGCACACAACAUUUUUGUUGGAAAGUUCCAUCUUAUUAGCUACUGAUACUUUGAGGUUUUAGUAAAAGAAGGUGAAAUGUUAAACUUGAGAUUUGAGAUGUAUAUAUGACUAAUAAAAGUGCCUCUUUUUAGCAUAUUGUCUCUCACUAGUGGUGCAGCUGAUGUCAGAUCCAAAGUCAGUUUCUGUUUUGUUUAUAUGACCCACACAAAGACUACUUUAACAUUCAUGAAUAAAAAUCAAACCAAAAAUUUCAUAAGAAAUGAACAGUAGGCCUUUUCUCUCCUGAUUGUUAAACUGGUGUAACAGAACUGAAACUUGACUGUCUAGCAAUGCGGCCAGUGCAGUCGGAAGAUGAAGCUAGCAUGUCAGAGAAAAUCAGCAUUUUUACAAGAAAGUAUAGACCUUUAUAUAACAGAUGUCUUGUAAACAUAUUUUUGCAAGAAGCUUAUGCUGAUGAAAAGGGAUGCAUGCAAUUUUUUUCUAAGCUUGUUUCUGUUACUGCCACACUACUCCUCCCUUAGCUCUCUCUUUCUCCUCCUCCAAUUCAUGUGUAGCUUUCUGGCUUGCAGUUCCUGCAUAGCUAUUUUUUGGAGAUUCCUGCUGAGAUAUGCCUGGAGGGAAACUGUAGCAAAAUGGUUUUAGUAGGUUGAGGUUUUUUUCCUAAUAUUGAAAGGAUGCAAAAAGACAUUGUUCUUAAGUUUACCAAAAAGAACGGUGAUGUUUUGUGCUACAAAACAGAAUCUUAAAACUGGCAAAUGUACUUGUAAAAUUUGCAUUAGAUAUUAAAAGUAUUCAUAGAGGAGAAAAGGUUAGCAUUUAUAUUGCAUUGUCUAGUCUGUGAGUAAACUCUAUUUUUGCCUUGGGCAAAUAUGUAUGCUGAGGUUAAUUAUAGGAAAGAAUUAGUAUUCUUGGGUAUAGUAUGCUGCAUUUUAUAGUUUAUGGAAUACCCUCUAAAGCAUGAGCUAGUAUUUAAUUUGGUUGUUGAUGUUGAUCUGAAAGAACAGAAAAAGAUCUGUUAGCAGCCCUUAAUAUUCUCAAGGAUGGACUGAGAACUUUUAAUUUCACUCCUGAAGAAACUAUUUAUACUGUGACUAGUAAGGGUUUUGCCUUGCACAUUAUACUGUCAAGUGCCUGUUUCUCACCUUGAUGAUGUGUUUGAUGCACAGCUUAACUGCAACAUUUUUCAAUUUGUUUUUAGAUGUAUGAUAAAGAAUAUGCUCACAAAUAUGAAGCCUAUUGUAAAACAAAAGUGGGAAAUUGAGAUAUGUAUGUAAAAAUUCCAGUUUUACUCCUAGUCAUGAAAGUUUUGGUGUGCUUUUUAAGUGAUAUUUCCUCAGAAAUAACCAUUUUAAGGAUCAACAUUAUUAAAUUUAAUAUAAUUUAUUGUUAUGCUUUAAUAAUGUAUUUGUCUGUUGAGAACUCACUGAUGUGAGCUUUCCUUCUCUCAUGUUUAUAAAUGUGUCUGAAUUUUCAGAAUGGGGUCCUUUCAUCUUUUACCUUUGUUAGAUGCUUAACUACAUUAAAUGUUAUGAGCUUAAGCUAUACACAGCUCCAUAUGUGGAAUAAGUGUAGAAUAUGUCCCUUAAUAUUUGUUUUGAAAUUGCAUUUCAAUCUAUGUGAAAUGUUUUAGAAGAAGGUAGCAUCAAGAUGGUAUGAUAAGAUUGCACAAAAUAAAAGAUAGUUUAUAUAGCUUUCUCGUAGCCAAUCUGCAUGAUUGUUGGCGUGGUUUUAACGGGAAUUAAAAGCUUUGUGUGGCUGUUACUAGUCACUUAGCUCUGAGCAAAGUCCUUUCUGAGUAUUUUUAUUUAUUAGCAUCAUUUGCAAAAAAAGAAAAGUAGUAUUUUCCAUAUGAAUAAAGAUUUAGUUUGAACUGAAA